AUUCCUGCGGUAUUUUAGAUUUGAUACAUUAACACUGUGCAUGACAUAAAAUUGCUCUAAUUCAUCUACUGUUAUGUCCCAAAGCUCACCAAAGACCACUCUAUGCUACUACAUGUGUUGCAAAAGUUAAUCUAGGCAAACAUUACUGAUAUGAGCAAAGUCUAUUAUGACUCUUCUUGUGUACACAGUUUUGUGGUGUGUUUUUAGCAACAACUGGUCAACUAACUGGACUUUCCCCUUAAGUCCAUCACUAGGAAGUCCUUUGCUGUUUCUGUUGCUUUGCACUGUUGUUUGAAAAGCCACCAUGAUUCACAAACCUUCCCAUCAGCAUAGCAUGUUUACACAUUAUUACCAUCGUAUUUUCUUCUUUUGUCUGCUGUCAUGAAAAUGUUUUUGUCUUCUGGAAGUUUAUUUCACUUCAUGUUAUGGCAAAGCUCCAUAUCAGUACACAGGCCUGAGUGAAUUGCCCAAGUGGGGGUAAAGCAGAAGAUGGAAUAAACACACACACAGCGAAAUGAGAGUGUGGGUGUGGCCAAUCAGAUUAAACAUUCAACAAAGGCUGAAUGUAAGCGCUCAGACAGAGAACUGUGCAAACUGAGACAGAGGAAAUGGCAGCCCAACCAGUCAGCGUGCUUAUCACAGGGGCCAACAGAGGCCUGGGCCUGGAGAUGGUUAAGCAAAUGAUGGAGCCCCCCUCUCAAGUGAGAAAACUGUUUGCCUGUUGCAGGAAUCCACAUGGACCGAAGACCGAGGCCUUGCAAACUCUGGCAAAGAAGCACCCCAAAAUCAUAUCCGUCAUCCGCCUGGACGUCACUGACCUUUGUAGCAUAAAACAGGCUGCCCCACUGGUUGGCUCUCUGGUGGGGACGGGGGGUCUCAACCUGCUGAUUAACAAUGCAGGGAUCCUGGCCAAAGGCAACCUGCAGGACACCAGUCCUGAGGACAUGCAGAGUGCCUUCAACACCAAUGUCAUGGGCCCGAUGAACGUUAUUAAAGAGUUCCUGCCUCACCUACGUGCAGCAGUGAAGGCCAGUGGUAUGCCGGGGAUGUCCUGCAACAAAGCAGCCGUUGUCAACAUCUCCUCAGUUAUGGCGUCAAUGGAAUCUUUAAAACAGUCAUAUGCCUCCUUACCUGCCAUCUCCUACCGCAUUAGCAAGGCGGCUUUGAACAUGCUGACUCUGUGUGCUUCAGAGGAGCUGAAGGAGGAUGGGAUUCUGUUUUCAGUACUUCAUCCUGGCUGGGUGCGCACUGACAUGGGUGGAGAAGAGGCGGAUAUUGCUGCUCCGGAGAGUGUGCAGGGGAUACUCAGGGUGAUGGCCUCCUUGACUGAAAAGCACAAUGGAGCCUUCCUGGAUUAUAAGGGCAAGACUGUCCCCUGGUAGCUUUCAACAGUUACU